AUGAUAUCAUUAGAAAAAGGAGUAGUAUUUGGAUCCCCACUGACGGAAGAAGGCAUUGCCCAGAUAUACCAACUAAUUGAGUAUUUACACAAAAAUUUGCGAGUAGAAGGCUUGUUUAGAGUACCAGGGAAUAGUGUCCGACAGCAGAUUUUAAGGGACGCUCUCAAUAAUGGAACUGAUAUUGACUUGGAAUCAGGGGAAUUUCACUCAAAUGAUGUUGCCACCUUGCUGAAGAUGUUUCUAGGAGAGUUACCUGAGCCCUUGCUGACACAUAAACAUUUUCAUGCACACCUGAAAAUUGCUGAUUUGAUGCAGUUUGAUGAUAAAGGAAACAAGACCAAUAUACCAGAUAAGGAACGGCAGAUUGAGGCUCUUCAGUUGCUCUUCCUCAUUCUUCCUCCACCCAAUCGUAACUUGCUGAAGUUGUUGCUCGAUCUCCUGUACCAAACAGCAAAGAAACAAGACAAGAAUAAGAUGUCUGCCUAUAACCUUGCCCUUAUGUUUGCACCCCAUGUCCUGUGGCCAAAAAAUGUCACUGCAAAUGACCUUCAAGAGAAUAUCACAAAGUUAAACAACGGGAUGGCUUUUAUGAUUAAACACUCCCAGAAACUUUUUAAGGCUCCUGCUUAUGUUCGGGAAUGUGCCAGAUUGCACUAUUUGGGCUCCAGAACUCAAGCAUCAAAGGAUGAUCUUGAUCUGACAGCUUCAUGUCAUACUAAGUCCUUCCAACUGGCAAAAUCUUGGAAAUGGAACCGGGUAGAUUCCUGCUCUCAUCAGGAGGAGACCCAGCAGCGUACGGAAGAGGCACUAAGAGAGCUGUUUCAACAUGUUCACAAUAUGCCAGAGUCAGCAAAGAAGAAACAGCUUAUCAGACAGUUUAAUAAGCAAUCUGUGAUCCAAACACCAGGGCGAGAACCUUCUACUCCCCGGGUACAGAAGAGGGCCCGUUCACGUUCCUUCAGUGGCCUUAUUAAGCGGAAGGUCCUGGGAAACCAGAUGGUGUCAGAAAAGAAAAAUAAGACCCCUUCUCCGGAAUCUCCAGCCAUGGGUGAAUUGAAGGGAGCCAGCAAAGAAAAUCUGAACUUAUUAUGUUCUGGCUCUCCAGCUGUCACGAUGAUACCAACAAGAUUGAAAUGGUCUGAGGAGAAGAAGGAGGGGAAAAAAGGAUUCCUCUGAAGGAUCCAGAGUUCUGUUGUCCACUCAGAAUUUUCUCUUUAGUGGGCCAGGUGUCAUGAUCGCUCACAGAGAAGCUUGGACUUGCAGCUUGCUUGCUGCAUUUUGAAUUGUGAAAGUUAAUUAAUCCUAUGACCUAACUGAUACCUCUAACCCUACUCACUGGAUGAUUUCUGCAGACUGUGCCUUCUGAACCAAUGCUAGCAGCACUCUCUUUCUCUCCUUUCUUUAAUAUUAUGGGGAAACCACUAACCAACCAACCAGCUUUCACAGCACAGUAUGUGAGCAGAAUCUAGCAGACUCCAGUGCUCAUUCCAUGCAUUUGUUGAAACAAAUUCUGUUUUUUAAAAAUGUGAGAUUUGUGUUCAACUGCCAAUGAUUUUUUUUUUUUUUUAAAGUACUAUCAAUCCUGGUGGAUUGGUGUCAUUUUUAACUGAUAUUUUCUCUGUUUUGAUAGUGUUGGGUAUUUUUGUUGUUACUUCUCAUUUGUUGUUUGUUUAUUUUUUAAAGCCAUUUUUUUUUGAUAGGCAAUCUAAAUGGGCUCUAAGCUAGAUGUCUUUCCCUUCUUUUUCACCUUCAACUUUGAGAAAGCUCUUUAGAGCACGAGGCUGUAUUCCUCAAUACUUUAUUUGUGUCCAAGGAAUUUAUAGCUUUCCUGGAGAUUUUUCAUUAUUUCUUGGGCCUGAGAUUGCAAGGUGUUUGUCCUAAAGUAUUGAAAAAAGAGAAUUCAGAAUGAUACAAUAUUUUAACAAAUGUUAAUUAUUAAACUGCGUUCCUCUCUCCCUC